UAGUUUGUCUGGAGGUGAUGCGUUGCUGGAGAAGUUAGCUGGGUUGACUGGAAUCUCACCAGUCUAGGCGUUGCAUUUUCAAAACAUAUUGUUCAGAUAUAUACUUGCAAUCCAACUGGAGAACUAAGACAGCACUUAGAAGUAUGGGAUGCAGUAGCUGGAUGCAGGCAGUAUACAUUUGAAGGCCAUGAAGCUCCUGUGUAUUCAGUCUGUCCUCACCAUGAAGAAAAUAUUCAGGCUAUUCUCAUGUGGAACAAGUGAAGAAGGCGAAUCUCAUUUAGUUGAGUGGAAUGAGAGUGAAGGAGCUAUCAAAAAGACAUAUUCUGGUUUCAGUGAGCGUUCUCUAAGAGUUGUCCAGUUUGAUACAACACGGAAUCGAUUCUUGGCUGCUGGUGACGAAUUUCAAAUUAAAUUCUGGGAUAUGAACAAAACAAAUAUGCUGACAUCUGUUGAUGCAGAUGGCGGAUUGCUGGCUAGUCCUAGACUGAGAUUCAGUAAGGAUCUCUGCUUGCAGUUACAAUGAGUGACAAUAUUUAUAGAUAUCCACAUAACUGAAAGAGAUUGCUUACUGUGUCUCAGGUCAUGACAAUGUUUAUGCCCCUACCUCCGGCAGCUACCUUUUUGGCAUUCCAUCCCCAAGAUAAUAAUAUCAUUGCCAUUGGGAUG